GCGCAGCCCGGCUCGGCUCGGCGCAGCCCGGCACCGCCCGCCGAGCCCCCCGCCUGCCUCCCGCCCACCCCCGCGCCGCCAUGGACGGGGGCGCCUUCGGAGCGGGGAAAGCCGGCGGCGCCUUCGACCCGCAGGCCUUCAUCCGGCAGCCGCAGACCAUCCUGCGGUUCGUCUCCUGGGUGUUCUCUAUCGUGGUGUUCGGCUCCAUUGUCAAUGAAGGGUACGUGAACCGCAUGGAUGAGUUAGAAGAGCACUGCAUUUUCAACCGCAAUCACAAUGCCUGCAACUAUGGCAUUACCGUGGGUGUCCUCGCCUUCCUCAGCUGCCUUCUUUACCUGGCUCUGGAUGCCUACUUCCCGCAGAUCAGCAGCGUCAAGGACCGCAAGAAGGCAGUGCUCUCGGACAUCGGAGUCUCGGCCUUUUGGGCAUUCCUCUGGUUUGUUGGCUUCUGCUUUCUAACCAACCAGUGGCAAGCUUCAAAACCAGAGGACAACCCACUGAAUGAGGGAGGAGAUGCAGCCCGAGCAGCCAUCACAUUCUCAUUCUUCUCCAUCUUUACCUGGGGCUUCCUGGCAUUUCUGGCUUUCCGGAGACUCAGAGACAUUAAUUUUCAGGAGGAAUACAAUACCCUGUUCCCUAACUCCCCAUCCUUGCUGCCUUAGUGCCCUUUGCUGAUGGGAGAAUUUGGGGGAAGGGGUGGAGGGAUGCAGCUGGAGGAGGUCACUGAGCAGAGCUGGUUCCAAUGCCCUGACUAUCAGUGUGUGGUCACUGCAGGGCAUGGGAUGGGAAGAUAUGGACCAUUGAAUUGGUGUGGGGCUGUCCAUUGAACAGGGCAUCUCCCUUUGGAAGGUUGGAACUGGCAAUUUCUUCUCCUCUUCUGCUCCCUUCUCUCCCUCACCCGUACCUUAACUAAUGCUACAUAACACCACUGUGCCUUUAUUUGAUGACUGCUCGGACUUAAUACUUCAGCCAGGAGAUGCCCUCUGCUCCCAUCGUUUUCUCUUCCAUUUCUUCCCAAACCUCAUUCCCCAAAAAUCUCUCCCUCAUCACCUGCUAGACUGCUCACCUCUCAGGGAUGCUCUGGGACAAUGAGCCACGCCUGCUGAACCCUGUGCCACCCUGCUCCCCCAGUCCACCAAAAGGUGCCCUGCCUGCAGUGCCUGAGGCAGGAGACAGCAGUUUACUUGCGAACUGUCCCCUGGUUUGGGAAGCAGCUGCCUUGCUUCCUGCUGCUCCUUCCUAAGGUCUGUGCUACAUCUUGUGGAUAUUGACUGAUGAAAGUGUUUCAGGGGGUGACCUCUACCUCAGUACUUGGUGUCAAAUCCUGCUCUCCUUACUGGCCUUUACAAGUUAAAUGGCCUGGUAUGCGCAGCCCAGCAGCUGAGCCCUCUGGUGUUGCUGAGGCAGAUUGCCUUCCCACAGCCAGGAGGGGCUGACUGGGAUAACCACGUGCCAACUGUGCCUCCGCGACCUGUGCGAUGUUGGUGAAACGCCACCGGCAGACAGGAGGUGCCCUGAACAUCCCAGAGAAAGCAGGGAGCCUUGGCAGGCUGCACACAGUCAGCUGGUCUUGCAGCCAUCCUUGUCCAGUCCUCCUCUCUCCCUGUGGGCUCGUGCUUUCUGUGGGAGAGUGUGGACUUCCAUGCUCUUGGGGCAUUUCACCGGCAAUCUGCCAGAUGGGCCUUGCACACUAAUCCAUAACCACUACUAACACCACUUUUGUUUGUUUCUCUUUUCCGGUACGUUCCUCCUCUCUUUCCUCUUUCCUCCCCUCUGUGCUUCCCAUCUCCUCCCUUCACCUCCUCCCUUAAAGGUGGGCCAGGCAUUCCUGGCGUAUCAGCGUUUCCAGCUGGGUGCCGAUUCGGCCCUCUUCUCCCAGGACUACAUGGACCCAAGCCAGGACUCCGGCAUGCCUUAUGCUCCCUACACGAACGAGGAGGAUGCUACAGAUGCGGUGGGGACAUACCAGCAGCCCCCUCCAGCAGAUGCUUUCGACACCGAGACACAGGGGUACCAAACGCAGAACUACUGAGCCACCGAUGCCCCUUUCCCUUCCCCUUUCCCUUCUGCCCCUGCUCCCACUGCCGGCAGAAAGCCGAGGCACAAACAAGACACGUGCAUAGUGGUACAAGAGGUGGCUCUCAGCUAUGCUCCAGCCUUCUGGGUCAUCUAUUUUUAUUUAUUGUUUUUAAAAAAGGCAAAAAAAAAAAAGGAAAAAAGGUUUCCCCAUCACCUAUUCCUUCUCUCCCACCAAGCUACCUGCCAGAAUCAAUUUUUUCCAAAAUCUGCAUUUUGAUAGGAAGGUCCCUCCUUUCCUCCUCUCCCUCCUGUCUUGUUACAGAGGGCAGAGUCUGUCUUGUGGACAGGAGAGGAUCUAUGGCACUGGCAGGGCAGGGGAAAGGGUGUUGGAGGCAGAACAGAAGAAAUGAGAGGGACUGGGGACCUUCCUAGAAGAGAUGGUAUCACUAAAGGUUGGAGUAGAUGUGGGAGCAUCCAAACUGGUCUGGAGCACCUGGUGGCUCAGGGAGGAGAAUGGUGUUGGAGUCAGCAUUGAAGAGUGUGAGGAGGGGCCUGGAUCAAUGUCCUCCAUGUAAAGACAGGGGGGCUUUUCCCUGCCACAUGCUAGUGAGGGAGGGGUGCUUUAUUUUUAGAGGGUUUGGGAGAAAUGGUAUUGGGGAUAGGGAGGAGCACAAGGAGAGAAAAUGGGAAGGGAAAACAGAAGAUUUGCAGGUACAAUCAGAAAUCACAGGCCCGUCUGUAGGUUACAGCAAGAGACUUAGCAGAGUGGAGGGGGAGUGCUGUGAGAUUCACUCUUUCCUCAGCCCCCGUGGAUUGAGGUGGAGGUGAUUCCCCUCACCUGUACAUCCUGCUAGUCACUGCUUUUCCCAGACCAGUGUUUGAUGAGGCAGGAGGGGAGCCAUACACAGUCUCUGGGCCCAGAUACAGUGCCUGUGGGAGGCAGGAUGGAGGAGGUGGGCUUCUAGAGGGCCCUGAGAGCCUUCAACCCCAGCUGGGCUGGUUCAAGGGGGAGAGGGCAGCUUUGUCAUUUCACCCAGGGCUGGAGGAGGAGAAAGAUAGUUUUGCUCCUCAGGUCCUGCUGAACCUUCCUCUAUUCCUCUGUUCCUUUACAAUAGUAAAAAGCCUCUUGCUGACACCAUCUCUGUAGCACGCAGGAAUGGAGCAGGACCCCACUUAGAAAGAAGUACUGCUGCUGGGAUGGCCAGCAGGUGUCUGGCUCUUGCAGAGGGGUGCAGGGAAGGGUGCAAGCUGGGAAGGGUCCUACCCUGUACGGCUGCGCUUUGCCUCCCACUCAGAUAGGGAGGAGGUCUUGGUGUGCAGAGAAUUGUUUUGGGCCAGACUGAGUUGUCUGAAAACUGGACUUUCUGUACUUGCCAUAGACCUUAGUCUAUGAUCUUAGUGCUCUUCUGCAACAUCUCAGAUCCUGGCUGACUUAAAAGCCUCGACUAGGUGGCAGCAGUGACUCUUAGAUAGAGCUUCUAUGCUCUACAUUCCACACUGCUCAUGAUUUUGCUCUAAGUAAAGACACAACUGUGGAAGCCCACUCUCUGUUUCAAGUUAGAAGUUAGGUCUGUGUGUGAAGACAGAUUCCCAUAUUUCCCCUACAUGGAAAUAAAUCAGCAAUAGCUACCUAGACAAUUCUGCCAGGCACAGACAUAUCUCAGAGCACAAGAAGCAGGCUUUACCUUGCAGCAGUGAGGAGGUCCAUCCCCCAGGCAGUCACCCUGCUUGAUGCAACACUAGUCUCAGUGGCAGAGAUCAGGAACAGAUCCAAAAUCUGCUGGUGCCCACAAUGAACCUUCAGCCUAUUCCUCAUAUUCCCCCUAGGAGUGGGGAGAAUGGGACAUAGGUCUGGCUUGUGGCUGUGAACAUCUCAUUUGGAGGACACCAAGGUUACCAGUUCUUCCCUCCUCCCAGCGCCCCACAAAGAUAGGGAAGGGGUAGAAACUGUAGAGCAGCAGGCCCCCAGAGGGAAGUGGAGCAGUGUUCUCCUCUCUACACAGGCACUGUUGCUCCCUGCUCCUACCAGCACACUUGUGCUGCCAGUGGCUGUCCCCAUGGCUUGUCCUCCACAGGCUUGCCCUGCCUUGGUGGUGGUGACCCACUGCUGAGGACAGGAGCAGGGGAUGAGGUAGCCCUAGGGACACAGCAGGAAUGACUGGGCACAGGCACACAUCCUUUGCUCUGUGGCUAUAAGUGAAUGCAAUACUGUAAAUAGGAGAGGUGCUUUUUGGAAGGAAGCCCCUUGAGCUUCAGUUUCUGUGGGUUCAGCCUAAUAUUUAGGCUUGGGACGGGUUUACUUUAUUGAGAGAGGUUUGUUGUGACUGGAUGUGGGGGGACACCCUCCUGUCUGUCUCCCACCAGGGGAGAAGAAUGAUUGAAUGACAAGGUGGAGGAGGAGAGAAAUUAGUUGUACUCACCCAGACUCAUCUGCGUCAUGCUUUCCUUUGGGGUGUGGGGAGGGAACCAAGAGGAGGUGGAGGCUUUAAGUAGCCAUCCCUCAGCACAAAAAUGUGUUGUACCUUCUGGGAGAUCCCUCUCUCUGAGUGACUAGGCACAUAAGGAGAGGUAUGGGAGUAUGUGGGGGAUCUGUUGUGGGGUGUGGUGCAGGAGCAGCUUGCAUGCCCCUCCUCCCAUCAGAGUUAUGUAGGUGUCUAAACACCAUUUGGGGCUGACUAAUGAGCAAGCUUUUCUUUAUCCUCUUGGGCUUGCUUCCCUCAUGUAACCAGCUGAUGGGCUCAGGUGGGCUUGAGGCAGGAAUGAGCCUCCCCCUCUGAGCACCACUUCAGUGAGACAUGAGCCAGGUGACUUCAUCUUGGGUUACCUCCCAUCUCGCUCUUCUCCUUGCUUUGUGUCAUAAGAAAAGCAUUAAUGUGACAGGGCACUCUACAACAUUAGAUACUUGGACAACUUGUUUUGCUCAUGGGAGAAGACAUACUCUGCUUGGGUUCAUGUGCUUUCAGCCUUUGCAGUGGAGGGUUGGUGGUGACUGACCUGGGAGUGGGAUUCUGCUUGUUUGCAUGUAGCCCUUUAAAAUGCAAAGUGCAAUUUCCAUUGGCAUUUGGCUGGUUCUGUAGCUGAUGAGACAUACAGACCUACCUAAAGGGCUGGUUAUCUUAUCUUAGGUGCUUCUGAUAAGGCACUGCCUUAUUUCUGGUGAUCAUAGGCAAGACCUGAGCAGCUGACUGGGACAUGUCCCUUUUACAUUCUAAGUGUGGGUGAGAUCAGCCCUACUCUAGAGAUUAGGAGAUCAGAGGGGAGGCUGUAUAAGCAAAAUGAUAAGGUGGCUUUCUUCCCCCUCUGCCAUUUGUUCCAAUUAGAGAUCCACAUUAUAGGAUUACACAUCCCUUAUUGAGAGCAAUGGCCCCUUGAUGUCUUCUUAUCUUACGAAGCCCACAAGUAAGGGACUGUUUUGUGGAAGCAGAGGCUGUGAAGGGCAAAGAGAUGAUGAAACCUUGCCCCAGUUCUGUCUCCUCAGUACAGCCUCCUGAUGUGUCCCCAUCCCUGGAUCACCCGUAUCCCCAUCACCCUGUUCAUCACCUCAUUACAUGCCCUUCCUCUCUGCGUUAUUCCUGGCAGUUCCCACAGGGGAGGAGGUGUCUUUGUCCCUGUACCCUUGCAAGCACUUGGGAGGACCCAGGAAGGCAGCAUUGCAGGGUGGUUCCCACAGGAGUCUCAGCUCCCAUCCCCAGAGCAGGUACAAGGUAAGGAACCCAGUGAGGCCACCUCAUGCAGCAAGUUCAAACCAUCCAUCCAGACAACUCCCUGCUGCCUGUGUGGCAUUUGUAACACCACCUGGGCUGCUCUGCCCUUUCCCCUGCCACAUUACUGCCUGUGUAUAGUAUAUAUAUUAUAUAUAUAUAUAUUUAAAAAGAUGUAUAAUAUAAAGCUAUACAUAUAUGCGUAUAUAUGAUGACUCAUGGAUGGCCUGCCGCAUACAGGAUCCUCUGAGUGGUCUUGUCUAAGCCCGAGUGUCCCUUCACCCCUCCUCCCCCUCCCCCUGCCCCUCUCCGUUCCAAAAUUCAACUACAGCAAACCCCGCCACCUCGGCACCUGUGUUUACAAUGUCCUAUAUAUUUGUGGUUAACAAAGUGAAGGUGGUAACUACUGGUGUCUCAAUAAAAUUAUGACGUUCAAAAUAACCAUA